AUGAUCUGUGCAAUCUCCGGCGAGGUGCCGGAUGAGCCGGUGGUAUCAAAGAGGUCGGGGCUCCUCUUUGAGCGGCGGCUCAUCGAGCGCUACAUUGAGGACCAUGGAAAGUGUCCAGUUACGAAGGAGGAACUCUCCAUGGACGACAUCGUGCUGGUGAAGACCAACAAGGUCGUGAGGCCCAGGCCUCUGCAGGCUGCAAGCAUUCCCGGACUCCUUGGAAUCUUUCAAAACGAGUGGGAUGCUCUUAUGCUUUCUAAUUUUGCUUUGGAGCAGCAGCUUCACACAGCAAGACAAGAACUUAGUCAUGCGUUAUACCAGCAUGAUGCUGCUUGCCGUGUUAUAGCCAGAUUAAAGAAGGAAAGAGAUGAGUCUAGAGCACUUUUGGCUCUAGCUGAGAGACAGAUUCCUGCGUCGAUGGCGGGAGUUGCACCUGCAGCUGUCGUUUCCAAUGGAAAAAGAGCAAUGGAGGAUGAAAUUGGCCCUGAUGGGAAGAAGAUACGCCCUGGUAUCAAUCCUGUCAUGAUCGAUGAACUAACAGAGUGUAAUACCAUGCUUUCUGCCCAGCGUAAGAAACGACAGGUACCACCAAGUUUGGCAUCAAUUGAUGAACUGGAGAGAUAUACUCAGAUCUCUAGUCAUCCACUCCACAAGACAAAUAAGCCAGGCAUUUUGUCUAUGGAUAUCCAUCCGUCAAAGGACAUUGUUGCAACUGGGGGUAUCGAUACGAAUGCAGUGCUAUUUGAUAGGACAUCUGGUCAAAUCCUGUGCACACUUGCUGGUCACUCCAAGAAGAUAACCACCUUGAAAUUUGUUCCACGGGAUGAGCUCGUGGUAACUGGAUCAGCAGAUAAGACUGUUCGGAUUUGGCAAGGGGGUGAGGAGGGAAACUACAGUUGCAUCCAUACAUUGAAAGAUCAUACCGCCGAGGUCGAAGCUGUUACUGUGCAUGCGACUCAGAAGUACUUUGUGACCGCUGCCAAGGAUAAUACUUGGUGCUUCUAUGAUAUUUCAACUGGGUCUUGCCUCUCACAGGUUGGCGAGGCUUCAGGACAAGAGGGAUAUACAUCUGCGUCUUUCCACCCAGAUGGUCUUAUCCUUGGAACAGGAACUACUGAAGCUGUUGUCAAAAUUUGGGAUGUUAAGACUCAGUCCAAUGUUGCAAAGUUUGAGGGGCAUGCUGGACCUGUCACUGCUAUGUCCUUCUCUGAAAAUGGUUACUUCCUGGCGACUGCUGCUCUUGAUGGUGUCAAGCUUUGGGAUUUAAGGAAAUUGAGAAAUUUUAGGACUUUCUCGCCAUAUGAUUCGGACACGCCGACAAAUUCUGUGGAAUUUGAUUUUAGCGGUACCUACCUUGCUGUUGCUGGUUCAGAUAUAAGGGUUUACCAAGUAGCCAACGUCAAGACGGAAUGGAAUCUUAUCAAGACCUUGCCAGAUUUGUCAGGAACAGGGAAAGUGACUUCUGCGAAGUUUGGCACUGACGCCAAAUAUAUCGCCGUCGGCUCUAUGGACCGUAACCUGAGGAUAUUUGGGCUUCCUGGAGAUGAUCAAAUGGACGAUGAUGCAAAACCAUCGGCCGAGUGA